UGCAGUAAAAUACAAAGUUUUGAAAAAAAACCUAAAACAUUUUCUAUCUUGAUAACCGAGAAACCAGAUGAGAUUCGCGUUAUUGUCGCGUUCACUUGCGUUCAUCAACAGUCGGUAUAUUUCCGACCGGUCGUGAACGCAGCGCCAGUUCUUCGACGCUCUUCAAAGAUGCAGCAGUGGUUGGGAGUCGUGCUCAGUGCGAGCUCAUGACCUGCGGUGGGAUGUGUAUGCGUGCGUGCCCCAGCGGCGUUUAACAUGUGAAAAGGAAGAAUACAACCAACGGAGUAACUUUGAGAUUUUUCGUCAAGAAACUACGGAGGACAGAAGUCGUCGGACGGGAAAGAAGUUGGCGAAUUCGCUCCAGAGGCCUGAGUGCCAUGCCAGAGGGGUCCCAUUCUGCUCUCCACCAGGGCCCAAUGGGGGAAGAAUCUCCUCAGUUGUCCUCGCCCCUUUCCACCAGUGAACAUGACCAGACAAACGUCGUCUUGGGCCCGGAUUGUUACAACCGGCUAUGUGUGGAGCCACUGGACGGAGAGGGUGACCGUCCAGUGAGCCUUGUGUCCACCCUGUCCUCUGGUUCAUCCCGCGAUAGUCAUAGCCUCUUUGGGAGCACCGUAGCCCUUCCUUCCUCCAACACCCCACCCAUACCAAGCGAGGAGGACAUAGACCUGGAGCUGAGCCCAGCUGAAGGCACCGGAGAGCAGGCAGGGGACCAGAGUGCCACCCUCACAGGCUCCAGAGGCCGCUGGAAGGAGCGGAACAACAACAACGCCACCUCUAACAGGAAGGCAAGUGGUGAAAUACCUCACAUCGCUGCCUCGCCUGUUGUCACGGACGCCAUGGCGCCAAAUCCAAAGCUGUCCUAUGUGGACCGUGUUGUCAUGGAGAUCAUUGAGACAGAGCGCAUGUACGUCAGGGACCUGCGCAGCAUCGUGGAGGACUACUUGGCCCACAUUAUUGACAUGAGUAACCUCCCCAUCCGGCCAGAGCAAGUCUGUGCCCUGUUUGGAAACAUAGAGGACAUCUAUGAGUUCAACAGUGAGUUGCUGCAGUCCUUAGACAUGUGUGAGAACGACCCUGUGGCCAUCGCUCGAUGCUUUGUAGAUAAGAGUGAAUACUUUGAAAUAUACACUCAGUAUUGCACCAACUACCCUAACUCAGUGGCAGCACUGACCGACUGCAUGAGGAGUAAAACUUUAGCCAAGUUCUUCAGGGAUCGGCAGGCUGCUCUGAAGCGCUCCCUCCCUCUGGGCUCCUUUCUGCUGAAGCCAGUCCAGAGGAUCUUGAAAUAUCAUCUGCUGCUUCAGGAAAUUGCGAAGCACUUUGACCCAGAUGAGGAGGGCUAUGAGGUCAUUCAGGAGGCCAUAGACACCAUGACAGGAGUGGCCUGGUACAUCAACGACAUGAAGAGGAAACACGAACACGCUGUCAGAGUGCAGGAGAUACAGUCUCUUUUGAUCAACUGGAAGGGUCCUGACCUGACCACCUAUGGAGAGCUGGUGUUGGAGGGCACCUUUCAUGUCCUGCGGGCGAAGAACACCCGUACGCUGUUCCUCUUCGAACGGAUGCUCCUCAUUACCAAGAAAAGGGGGGAGCACUAUGUCUACAAGAUCCACAUCUCGUGCUCCACUCUGAUGCUACUUGACAGUGCAAAAGAUCCCCUACUCUUCAGUGUCAUCCAUUUCAAGCAUCCCAAGCAACCCCAUACAGUGCAGGCCAAGUCAGUAGAAGAGAAACGCCUCUGGGCCCAGCACAUUAAGAGGCUCAUCCUUGAGAACCACAACACCAUUGUCCCACAGAAGGCAAAAGAGGCCAUCCUGGACAAUUCUAACUAUCCAGGGAAGUACCACUACAGUCCUGAGAGGCUCAAGAAAGCAGAGUGCUACAAUUCUGACGACUUCCAUCUUGGAGGGCGAAACGAGAGAAGGAGAUCAGAGCCUGCAAAACAAAUAAUAAGGAGCGCAAAAGCUGUUUUGAAGCAUGCAGACAGUGAGGGUGCACUGCUGGGGGAGAGGUGCUCCCUUCAGCCGGCCACUAGUGUCAGUACGCUGACCUCCAGUCUAGGCGAGCCCCAGGCUGAGAGGCCAUGUGUGGACGAUCUAAUUCCCAGAAGGGACUCUCUGGAGCAGCUAAGUCCUACUGACAGUGACCUAAAACAGGGCUCUUCACCCAGUGAGGGGGGACUGGAGCUGGAGGAGGCAAAAGAGGAGGAGGAUGAGGAGGAGGGGGACAGUUACAAGGAAGAUGUGCUGAUGGGAGACGACCAGGUAGCCGACUUUGCCAGCUCAGUGCUGGCAGCCAUCUCCUGCUGGCACUAUAAAGCCAGGGCUUUGCUUUCUACUCACUUCACAACGGAUGAUCAGAACGGAGAUCUGGCCGAACUGAAAACAGCACAGACAGAGGAGGUGGAAACUCACAGGCAGGAGGAAAAAUAUGUGGAUGUGAAAGAAACUCUUACCACGCAGGUCAAUGAGGAGGAGCUGUGCCCUUCAGAGUGUGUCCCUCAAGUUGUAAAGAAGAGCGAUCAGCUGGAGGAGGAUGACUCCCGAUGCUCAGAGUCUCACGUCUCCCCUGUGCAACAAGAAGACAACCCACCAGAACCUCUGGACACCUCAAGAGAAACUGGAGAAGAAGAGGAAGAAGGGGAGAGUGAUUCCUCUGGUCUCCAAGUGGAAGAGACGAGUGUACUGAUGAAUGGGGAGUUCUCGGAGGAGGAUGAGGAGGUCCUUUCAGGCAGUAAAAGUAUCCUACCCUCCUCUGUAUUGAACCAGGCAAGUGUGAUAGCUGAGCGCUUCAUCAGCAGCCUGUCCAGACGGAGCAGUCUGGUUUCGGAGGACUUGGGUUCUGUUGCCUGCCCCUCACCCUCCAUAGAUAAUGAAGUCUUUAAAAGCCCCUCAGCUUGCAUGGACUUGGAGAAACAUGGCCAAAUGUUGGUCAGUUCUUCCCCAGAGCUGCCAGUGACCUCAGCAAACCUCUCAACGCCUGCUAAUGAACCUACACUGAACACUCUCAUUGAAGGGGAACGCAGGUCCACUCUGUCCAAACGAGAUCGCCUCCUCAUCCACAAGAUCAGAAGAUACUACGAGCAUGCAGAGGACCAGGAUGCCAACUUCAGCAUCAAGCGCAGAGAGAGUCUCUCUUAUAUCCCAGCUGGUCUGGUCCGGCACCUGAGCCGACAACUCAGCAGUGGUCCUCAGGAGCCAGCUGUCCCGGUCCACAGGAAAGGCCUCUCUCGGAACCGGCCCACAUCCUGGGCUGUGUUUGACCUUCCUGGCUUAGAAAAGAGUCGAAACACUGACAUUCAUCAAAAAACAGAACCCCAGAGACCGGUGGAAGCCAAGGCGAGAUCGAAGAGCAUCUCAGAAGCCUCUACUACAGAGGAAGAGUUCAGACCCUCAACAGAAAUGCUCAAGGUUUGGCAAGACAUGGAAAUGGAGGAGGAGAGCCAGGAGGUCCAGCAUACUGCAGAGGAGGAGCUUAAUGACUCAAGAGUAGAAGUGAUACAGGAUAUCAGCUCAGACACUUUGGAUGUUAGGACCAGUGAGCAAACGCCUCAAACUAUUACAGACUCUGAAACAAACAACACCUCAGAUGGUUCCUCCAUCUCAUCACCAACCACAACCAUUCAAGCAGUAGAGGGGGGAUCCAGUCAGGACUCUAAGACCCCCACGUCUCCAGAGAAGAACCAUGGCAGCCCUGCACAUCUACCCAAGAUCAUUAACUUCCGAACAAGUAUGGAGGAGGACCAGAUUCUGCAAGACAUGGGAAAGAUGAAAAACAAGGUGUUCCAGCUGGCACGCCAGUAUAGUCAGCGCAUCAAAAACAACAGGCCACUAGUCUGGCAGAGGAAUCGAGAAGCAGCAAACCAACAGGGCUUCAAGAACAUGCCAGCUGUCCAGGAGGAGAGGACGCAACAGAAGAAAAAGGGUAAACCAAACCUGAGAUUGCCCUUGAACGAUCAGACAGUCAUCCAUGAGGAGUGUUCUCCAAGCCCAGCCCCCAGCUCUGGAGCCAGCUCCCAGAGCACCCUCACCUGUCCACAAAGCCCACAGUCAGACACUUUCCACUGGCCUGAUGUACAGAAUCUACGCACCAAAUACACCUCCUGUCCCUCAAAAGUUACCCUGAGCUGCUCGGCCCCAAACGGGAUGCUGGACUGCUGUACACACAGGUGUAACGGCUGCUCUCACAAGUAUAAUAGCUCCUCUGACCUUCACAAAGCUCUGGCAGACUCUCCUACGACACAGUCUGAAACAGACAAGCACUGGCCAGAAACUCAAACCCGACUACAGCCCCUGCUGUGCAGGUGGAGCUCCUUGGACCACAUGCUUGGAUCUCUGUCCCUCCAUGAGGUGCAGAACCUUCAGGAACCUGUGAGGACCUUCUACACAGGCAGUCAGAUGUCUCUGAUAACAAGAGAAACUAGCAAACUACAAGACGAGGACAAAGUGGUCCAGGAGGGCUCAGACUGUGCUCCAAAGUCGUCUUCUCUGAAGACGACAGAAAGCAAUCUAGUGAAAAGCUUACGGGAGAAGUUCCAGAGCUUAAGCACAAGCUCAUGAAGCAUGUACAUUUUUAUUAUCAGGGACUAUCACAUGGAAACAUCUGCCAGUUACCUCCCAUGUUCCAUUUUGCCCUCAAAAGUAUGCCGCGUGUUGUUUGCACAUUGUUUUUAACAGAAUGACACAGUUACACCAUGAAAGGGAUGUCACAGGUUAUUGGUGAGGGCCACAAGGGGACAGCAUAUUGCUUUUGAAUAGUUGUAUUCAUUUGUACAUUUGGUAUUCUAGCUGCACUGUAAUAUACAAGUUUAUGUAAAAAUAUGUUCUCUGUAUCAAUUGAAGAUAAGGUUCUUUAUGAUUAUAUGCAUCUACUUGGUUCCCUCCCUCAGGUGGUGGUUCUUGCUGUACUCACUUUAUUAUCAUUUAACCAACGUAAGCUGUCAGCUGGAGUUUCAGGGGAAAGCAAAAAGGAGCUAAAGUCUCAUAGACAAGAGAGAAGUCUGUGAGCGCACACCAAAGAGGGUUUCCUUCUAACAUACGUUGUCUUUUAAUGCUUGUGGUCACAGCGGUAGUUUGGUUCCAUGUCUACGGUCGCUGCUUCUAAAACUGUUUUCACAUACUGUAUCACUGGAGCUUUAUUUUUCUAGCAAGAAACAAGUUGUAUAUUUUUCUUGAAUGUUAUUUAUGAAGCUGUAUAUUUGGGAGAGAUUGGCCUCGUGUAAAUACUGACAAGUAGUGACCCUUUUUACUUUUCCAUUCCAGAAAAUAUAUUGUUUCAUACUUGAAGUUUCCCAUAUUUUCAAUAAAAACAGAAAUGGUUAAGUGUC